CGCGUUCGUGUUUAAAAUUAGACAAAAUUCUUAUAAGGUUUAUUCAGAGAAGUGAUAUACAAUGCAAACAGAAACAUCGGUGAUUUUGCGAUUUUAAUUUUGUUAUUGUAGUAAAACGGAAUGCCAUCUUGCACAUCCACCACGCCAGUAAUGGACACUGUAUAUCCCGAACCUAUGUCAAGAUUGCACCGCCGUGUUGUUCCGAAGAGAAGAGCUGGACCUUCUUCAAGGUAUAGAACUCAGCCGAUCACCUUUUCAGAAAUACAGGAAGUCGACGAAGAAAACGUCGAAGACGCCGUACCAAAACCGUCCUCUUCCAAAUCGGAGCUGAGUUUACUACACAACAAAUUCGAAGAGUUUAAGAAAUCCAGAGACCUAAUAUUGGGCAAAAACGAUGCCGAAUAUACAGAAGUUAGUAAAAAUCCAGUGCCUUUAUCGUCUUCGAGGUCCACGAGUAGAUUGCCUUCAAGAACGUCAUUAUAAACUAAAUCUCAAUGACAAUUAUUAUAAGUUUACCUUAAUUAGAUUAAUAGUUCUUACGUGAGUAGGUGGUAACAGUAUGGAAAUGUUUUAUUCAUAUUCCUAUACGUAACUUAAAACAUAAAACGUUUGUGUAAAUAACAUUUUGUAUUAAUAAUUAUGCGAUAUAAAUAAUUUAUUCUUA